AUGUUCCGCUACCUUCCGUUCUUUAUCUGUCUCACAGCUGCCACCAACCUCUUUGCCACUCAUUAUGAUGGAAAUGUCUACACACUUUCUUUCGAUAGCGGAAACUCGCUCUCGAUCACUUCAUCCUUCAAAACAUGUGGUGAUGCCCCAAGUUGGCUCACGUUUGACACAUCAACGCGUACCCUCUAUUGCUCCGACCACUCAGGCAAUGCAUUGGUCAAUGGCUCGUUGACCUCCUACUCUGUCGAUCGGAAUGGGAUACUGGUAGAGCUUGUAAAGACCCAGGACGUGGGUGCGGCCGUUCACAGUACCAUUUAUGGUAGCAAGCGCAACAGAAAGUAUUUAGCAGUUGCACAUUACGGCGGCUCUGCCCUUUCAACCUUCAGCCUGCCUCUCAGCUCCGAUAAAGAGCCCUUGCGGGUAUUCCGCUACCAAAUGCCUCAACCGGGUCCCAAACCGCAGCAGGACGCGCCCCAUCCACAUCAGGUUAUCCUCGAUCCAACCGGUGGUUGCAUCCUUGUUCCCGAUUUAGGCGCGGAUAAAGUCCGGGUAUACGCUAUUGACCAGCACUCGGGACGUCUAAAUGCGUGCCCUGAUCUCAACUACACCGCCGGCAGUGGACCACGACACGGACUAUUCUGGAGAUCUAAACCGUCGCACUUGGCAGAAGCUUCAAUCACUAUGUUAUACACCGUCAGCGAAUUGGACGGUCAUUUCAACGCGUUCUCCGUCUCAUACCUAUCUUCCGGCUGUCUCGCAUUCCAGCAGAUUCAAUCCUUCGUACCAUACCCAGGCGGACAGCUACCAGCUGGGGCUACGCCAGCCGAACUCCGUAUGGUAGGAGAUUCUCUUUAUGUCUCUAUUCGGUUCGAUCAAGGAUUCCCUCCGAAUGAUUCUCUAGUGACUUUGGCUCGGUCCCCGAAUGGCACGGUCAAGCUCGGCCAAAUCACUUCUUCAUACGGCACCGUUCCGCGCACUUUUGCCAUUAACAAGGAUGGCGAUUUGGUGGCCAUUGGGGACCAGGCUUCAUCAAAUGUAGCUAUCGUUAUGAGGGAUCCGCAGAGUGGAAAGCUUGGCGGCCUGGUCGCUAGCUUGCGGGUUGGAGAGAUCGGUCAAGCCACUAAUUCCUCCACUGGAUUGAGCAGCAUUAUCUGGGAAGAGUAG